UUGAAAUAAAAAUCAUUCAGAAUGGAAGCUGUGAAGAAGACCUUUAAGAUGGCCCUCAUCCAGAUGGAGGUUCAAAGGAGCAAGGCUACAAAUGUACUAAGAGCGAAGGAACUGAUCCAGCAAGCUGCUGAAUCAGGUGCUAAUGUUGUGGUCCUCCCUGAGAUGUUCAUUUGUAAUUAUGAUAGACAAUCCUUUGAGGAAAAUGCAGAGCCUAUCCUUAACUUUAAGGAAGAUGAAAAGGCUACAGCUGCUAGAAUGCUGAGUGAUGCUGCCAAAGAACAUGAGAUCUACAUCAUUGGUGGAUCCAUCCCUGAGCUUAGAGAAGAUGGAUGGGUAUAUAACACAUCUGCAUGCUUUGAUAAAUCUGGAGAUCUUGCAGCUAAAUAUAGUAAAGUUCACCUCUUUGAUAUUGAUAUUCCUGGAAGAGCCACUUUUAAGGAAAGUGAGUUCCUCAGACCAGGUACAGAAUUCACCUUGUUUGAGACAGAGUACUGUAAGUUCGGUGUUGGUAUCUGCUACGAUGUUAGAUUCCCAGAUUUCUCACAAGUCUUAUGUAGAGACUUUGGUGCUGAUUUUCUGGUCUUUCCCGCUGCAUUUACUAAGCCAACUGGCGAACUUCAUUGGGAUAUCUUAAGAAAAGGAAGAGCAUUGGACAAUCAGGCUUACUUUGCUUUUUGUUCUCCAGCUAGACCGGAAGAUGAAACUAGGUAUCAAGCUUAUGGCUACUCCUCAUUCAUUGAUCCAUGGGGUAAACUUCAAGCAGAAUGUGAGACAGCAGAGGACAUAGUUUACCAAGAUAUUGACUUAAGCAUAGUUGAUCAAUGAAGAGCCCAGAUCCCAUGAUAUUCUCAAAGAAGAGCAGAUCUCUACAAGCUCACUUGUUUGAAGGAUGCUCCUGACUCCAGUACUACAUAAUGCAUUUCAUUCA